CCAGCUUGCAGAAAGAAGAGUCCAAGGGGUGAGCCUACCGAGAAGAGGAAAAAUUAGAAGGAUGACGGCAUGUCUUCAAUCUUCACCUCUAAAUAGAAUUCUAUAUAUCCAAAUAAAAGCACACCUUAUCCCUCAAUGACCAUGAAGAUUUCAGAAAACAUGUUGCUCCUUUUCUCUCAAUCAUCUGCAAAUCAAUGGCUUCUCGCCCUCGGCAUACUAUCUUUUCCUAUCCUCUACCUGUUUCUUCUUCAAAGAUGGAAGAAGAAAGGCAUUGAAGGAGCUGCUAGGCUUCCUCCAAGCCCUCCAAAGCUUCCCAUCAUAGGCAACUUGCACCAAUUAGGCAAAUUGCCUCACCGCUCCCUCUCGAAACUUUCCCAAGAAUUUGGCCCUGUCCUGUUACUGCAACUUGGGAGGAUUCCCACCCUACUGAUCUCAUCGGCGGACAUGGCCAAAGAAGUGUUGAAGACCCACGACAUCGACUGCUGCAGUAGGGCACCCUCCCAAGGCCCCAAGAGACUUUCUUACAAUUUCUUGGACAUGUGCUUCUCACCGUACUCUGAUUACUGGAGGGCGAUGCGGAAAGUGUUCGUUCUUGAGCUUCUAAGCGCGAAAAGGGCACACUCAUUGUGGCAUGCGUGGGAAGUAGAGGUUAGUCAUUUGAUCAGUUCUCUCUCCGAGGCUUCACCAAAUCCAGUUGAUCUCCAUGAGAAGAUAUUUUCUCUUAUGGACGGCAUCCUCAAUAUGUUUGCUUUUGGUAAGAAUUAUGGAGGAAAGCAGUUCAAGAAUGAGAAGUUUCAAGAUGUUCUUGUUGAGGCCAUGAAAAUGCUGGAUAGUUUUUCUGCCGAGGACUUCUUUCCGUCUUUUGGGUGGAUUAUAGAUGCUUUGACAGGACUUCGUGCUAGGCACAAUAAGUGUUUCCGUAACCUUGAUAAUUACUUCCAAAUGGUUGUUGAUGAACAUCUUGAUCCCACCAGGCCAAAACCAGAACAUGAAGACCUUGUUGAUGUUUUGUUAGGAUUGUCAAAAGAUGAAAAUUUUGCAUUUCAUCUCACCAAUGACCAUAUCAAGGCCAUUCUCCUGAAUACAUUUAUUGGUGGAACAGACACUGGUGCAGUGACAAUGGUCUGGGCGAUGUCUGAGCUCAUGGCAAACCCCAGAGUGAUGAAGAAGGUACAAGCUGAGGUCAGGAGCUGUGUUGGAAGUAAGCCAAAAGUGGACAGAGACGAUCUUGCUAAGUUGAAAUACUUGAAGAUGGUGGUCAAGGAAACUUUUAGAAUGCAUCCAGCAGCACCGCUAUUGAUUCCACACCGGACGAGGCAGCACUGUCAGAUCAAUGCCAAUGGCUGCACAUACGACAUCUUCCCACAAACAACAAUCCUAGUUAAUGCAUUUGCAAUUGGAAGAGACCCCAAUAGCUGGAAGAACCCAGAUGAGUUUUACCCAGAGAGGUUUGAGGACAGUGACAUCGAUUUCAAAGGGCAACAUUUUGAGCUAUUGCCUUUUGGGGCUGGCAGAAGGAUCUGUCCUGCUAUAGCCAUGGCAGUGUCCACUGUGGAGUUCACACUGGCCAACCUCUUGUACUGCUUUGACUGGGAGAUGCCAAUGGGGAUGAAGACACAAGAUAUGGACAUGGAAGAGAUGGGUGGCAUUACCACCCAUAGGAAGACACCCCUUUGUCUCGUACCAAUCAAAUAUGGUUGCGUGGAGUAAUGUGAAAGGAGCCUAUUGAGAUGCUCUCAUCACCUGACCUUGUAGUGCUCUUAGCUGUAAAAGAUUCUCCAUCUUUAAUGGAAGUUGGGAGUUUCAUUUCAUGGCCUCUAGAUUGUUUGUCGUGAUAUGAGAAAAUUAAAUAAAAUAACCUCCUUAAGAGUGUUGAGUCA